AUGGGUCAAAUGCGUUUAAAGUCCGCAAAGAAGAUGCGCAAGUGGUACAUUGAGCAGCUCAAGAGUCGUAAACAGAAUGGUGCCAGAAUUGCUCAAGGUCGUGAACUCAAAUCGCCAGAUGAGUUGCAAAGUUUAGAAUUGGCUCCACAAGUUUUCCUUUUCAAGAACUUGUUUAGUGGACAGGUCUUGUUGUCACAAGUUCCAGCAUACCACCAAGAUCAAAUCGAUGUGCAAUUUCCUAACCCAAACUGGCAGGACAGAAGACCUUCAAGAAGACAGGAUCUUUGGAAGAUUAUGUGUAUUGCUAAUUUCAACAACUAUGAGUACGCAACAGCAGCAUACGAAGGAUUAUUACAAUUAAAGAAGUUGAGACAAGUAAGUAAAGAUGCAAAUGAUAUGAGAAGGAAAAACGAGGAAGGUAAUAUUUGGUUUUCUGGACAGUUUAGGCCGACAUAUUCCCAAGAAGCUGUAGCAGAUUUGGCUCAUGUGAUUGACGAAUUCGAAUUGGAAGGCACCAGAUUGUUUUGGGAGAAUGAGUGGAGGAAAGGAGAUGAGAAAUAUUGGAAUCUAGAUCUUGUGGAGCACGACAAAUUACCUGUACAUAGUCCAAAUCAACAGACAGUGUUGUUGGACGUUAUGCGAGCCAGGGCGAUGGAAGAGUUUAAGCGACAAAGAGAAUCAUUUGCUCAGCCAUCUCAAGCAGUUUAG